AUGAUUAUUACAUCUCUAUCAUUGAUUAUUAUUAGUACAUCAGGUAUAUUAGGAUACGUAUUAUAUAAACAGACACAACGUAAUCAAGAACGUCGACGCGUCCAGAAAGAAUUUCAAAGUAAACAUGGUCUUGCAAAUAAAAUUGUAGAUAUGAUUUCAAAAGAUGGUAUUAUCACUAAAUGGUUGAAAGCAAAUAAAGGUGAAACACUAAAAAUAUUUAGAGAACUAAUGACUGAUAUGCUAAAUACUUUUGAUAGUAGCAAUCCUACUCUUAAUAUAACACAUGAAUCUCAAUUACCAGCAUUACCUUCUACUCCAAACACCGCCGUUGCGGCUAGUAUUAUGGAUAGAAUACUUGAAACAACAAGUUGGAUAUGUUCUCGUACUUUGUUCGACUUAACUAACAAUACUAUUGUUCAAGAUGUGUCUAUUCUAAACAAUGCUGCAAAUAUUCCAAGUGCAAUUGCUAACAUAUCUGAGUACAGACACAAAACGAUCCGAGAUGAAGCAACAACCGAUUAUUUAAAAUCAGUGGCUAAAUGCCAAAAGUUAUAUAAUGAUUCCGUACAACAACUACGCUAUGAAAUUGGAGAUAUUGUCGGUCUGGAAAUUGAUCGUGUUGACAGAACCAACACGUCACCAAAAACUUUACCUUGUAAAGUUAUAUCUAUUCAUACAUUACAGAAUGAUUGUGUCAUGUAUAAGCUUUGUACAUUGAAAGGUGUAUUGUCAGUGUUAUAUGGUGUUCAGGAUCUUUUAGAUUUGAGAAACAAUGAUUUUGCUGAUUUAAGAAGUGUUGAUCCAACAAUUCCAUUUACACAAGCAUGUAAAGAGUAUGUUUCAGUAGGAAUAAAUUCAGUCUCAGGAACAUGCAAUUGUAGUGGAAAAUGUGCUACAAAAGCUUGUCCGUGUAAGGCAAAAAAUGUAAAAUGCUGUACAAAAUGUCAUCCAAAAAAUAACAUGCCUGUGGAAAUAUCGAAUAAUUUUUGCAUUUGUCUUCAAGUUGUUUCUAGUGUUUUUUAUGUAAACUAUACAUUGUUGAAAGUACCUUAUAAUAUUUUGAUAAAUAAUAGAAUAGUUUCCAAGGAAACACAACAAGAACAAAAAUCAUUAGCUGAAAAGAAAAAAAGUUGGACUAGAAAAUGGAAUAAAAUUGAACCGUUUGUAAAACAUUUUCCACUUGGAUUUAUGCUUGGUUUUAUACGAAAUCUUAUUGUAUUAGCAAUUGAAAGACAUGUUGAUGUUUAA